AUGCCAACAAUGUGUAGCUGUACAGCUGGACUAGUAGACUGUCGAUGCGAAUUCUCAGAUCUAGAUGGUCGACGAUGCCGUUGUGUUCAACAGCAAACCAUCGAUGAAAAUCAACAAAUAUUGCGACAUUGUCGAUGUACCGAUAUGGAAAGUAAACUUUGGGACCGUUGUAAAUUCCACUGUCACGAAAAAUGUUUUGAAGCCUGUUUAAAUUCGGAUUCUGGAGUGAAAUGUCUGGAGCAGUGCGGUUCGAUAUGCCAGAAAGCAUGUAUAGCAAUGCGAAGAGAACCUAGUCGUGAUGUAAUCCAAAUGAUAAUUAGCAAUCAGAGUCAGUGUCAGUCUGCAUGUGAACAAAGCUGCAAAUUGUCCUGCAAAAAUCACGGCCCAAACUCAAAAGCUUCAUGCAUAACAAACUGUCAGAGCGCUUGUCACGAUACGUGUGUUGCUGCGGCACCACCUCUUUCAGAAACCUUUCAGAUUGACGGUUGUUGUAACAAUUGCAUGAAUCCUUGUCAAACGUCUUACUUAGCAAAAUUACAACAAUAUCUGCUAACAAAACAGUGUGAUGUAAAAUGCAAAAAGAUAUGUAACGGACUUUGUAAGUCCAGCACUGCAACGCUUCCUUCAAACACUGCAACAAUACAGCCACCUGUUAUUUUAGUUCAAAACUAUCUUGGACCAUUAAACGACACCAGUUCUUCCGCCUAUACUGCCACAAAUGAACACCAAACUCUGACAACAAAUACAGGUCUCAUCAGCUGCAAUGAUUAUUGCGGCCUGUUGUGCAGUUCGGCAGAAUCAAAUAAUCUGUGUAAAAGAAGUUGCUAUGCAAGUUGUUAUGAUAUGCAUCAGUACAGUAAUGCUUUUGAACUUCCCGGAUGUCGAAGCACAUGUCCAACUGCAUGUGCCGAAUACUGCGAAAAACAGAAGUAUAAAGAGCAAGAGCCGUGCAACAACGAAUGCAAAAAGGCUUGCGCAUUAGCAUGUAAUGCAGAUAUAAUAAAACUCGUAACAAAACUGAAGAACAAACAAGGUUCAGAAUUCGAUUAUAAUUGGCCAACCGAAACGACAAAAACGACUACAACACCAAUCAACUAUCGGGUCGUCGAAACACGAAAAGAUAAAGGUUAUGAAAGAAGCAAAAAAAAUUCUAAUCUUCGUACACUGAUCAGUGUUUUACCAGAAAAUUAUACAUCAAUCUUGGACUGUCAAAUUCAGUGUGUUGGCUACUGUAGUAAAAACUACAAAGUCGAAGACUGUAUCUCAGGAUGUCAACAUGCAUGCGUAGAACAUACCAUAAAUGAAGCUAAAAAAAGGGCUUUAGUAACUACAGUAAGUAUUGGUCAACCACUAGACAGAUUGAGAGGACCACAAAUACUACCAUGCAAAGCUGGUGCACGACCAACUGGUGAGAACUGCAAAUGCCUAGACGGAUAUACUCAGUGUGGUGUGAAUCAAUGUUGCCGUAAAUGA